GUGAUAGGGUGAUUAAUUUUAACAAAGGAAAAAAAAAAUCAAGUUUUAUUUUUUUCUUCACAACAUCUCUCACACCACGACGGCUAUGAAACCAAAUGAUCAAUUCCGUCGGCGUUGUUAGAAAGGAAGCUGAGAAUUGCAACUGCUUACAAGGUAAGAAUCACUCACUAUCCAUUUCCAUAUUUCUUCAUCAAUCGAGCUUAAUUCAGCUUUGUUGCCUUUUAAUUUUGUCAAUUCGAAGUGUUUAGAGUUGUGGAUUUGAUGUUCUUGUUAUUGAUUCAAACGUUUGAACAAAUUAUAGUAUUUGGUAGUGUAUGAUGAGAAACAUACAGAUCUAUUUAUUAUGUGACCGUGGCAUUGAGAUGAUUUUAGAUUUUCGAUUGUCAAUAGGAAUACUAAAUUGUAUCUUUCAUAAACAUCGUUGGCUCUUAUGUUAGUUCCACUAAUCUCUCUCACCUUAUUGCCACUGAUUUCAUCUUCCAAAAUCAAAUUUAGCUCAGAGAUCACUAAAUAGACAAUGGUGAUAGAUAAAUGAACCUAAACAAUGAUCUAAAGCUUCGUUGCUUGUUUUUCUUCUUAAGCUCCUCUUUGCUGUCUUACUUUCGCCUCUCCUCUGUGUGGUAGUAAGAGUUAAUGUAGAUAUAGAAGAACUAUCUUCGUGCUCUUAUUAUUUAUUUUCCGCUUUGACACAAAAGUUUUAUGAUUUCACACGAACCCUUCACUUGUUGAUGUUGUCGCUUCUCUCGAACCAUAUUUGUCUUAAGGUAUUAAAACUUGUCCUAAUUCUCCUUGUCUUUCUGGUGAGGAUUUGAAAUUCUGUACUUUCCUGCACACGAUUCCCUAGCUAAGAAUUCAUUGUUUUUGAACUUGAGAAAAUGAUCUUAUUGGAAAGUUUUAUAUGUUCCUGAAUUGAUUGUGAUCUUUAUUGGUACUGCAUUAAGAAUCUUAUAUGCUCCUGAACUAGUAUUGGUAAGGAAUACUGCCAUUUUUUUAUCUCCUUAUGUGAAGUAAACCGUCUUUGCUCAUAUAGUUUGGUUUCUCUUUCACAGAGCAAUGUCGACUCAGCUUUCGGUUUAAUAUCCUGUUCGAUUGCAGUUUUUUUUGUGUCUGGUAGUUUCAAAGUCGAUAGCGUAGAAGCAAAGAAGAAAGAAGAAAACUUUCGUGAAACCUUGAGGGAUAUGGCGAAUAGCAAAUACGAGUAUGUGAAAUCAUUCGAAUUGGAGGAUGAAGUCAUGCUUCCUAACUUGAUGGUUGUUCGAAUCGAUGGUCGUGAUUUUUCUAGAUUUUCUCAAGUUCAUGAGUUUGAGAAGCCUAAUGAUGAAACAGCCCUCAAUUUGAUGAAUUCAUGUUCAGCUGCGGUUUUGGAAGAGUUUCCUGACAUAAUCUUUGCUUAUGGAUACAGUGACGAAUACAGCUUUGUAUUCAAGAAAACAUCAAGAUUCUACCAGAGACGAGCCAGUAAGAUUUUGUCGUUGGUAGCUUCUUUCUUUGCUGCAGUUUAUGUAACAAAAUGGAAAGAGUUUUUUCCCCAAAGAAAAUUAUUAUAUGCUCCGUCCUUCAGUUCAAAAGUUGUAAGUUGUGCAUCAGCAGAGGUUCUUCAGGCUUAUCUCGCGUGGAGACAACAGGACUGCCACGCCAACAAUCAGUAUGACACUUGUUUCUGGAUGUUAGUUAAAAGUGGAAAGAGCGUAAGUGAAACCCAAGAGAUUCUAAAGGAUACACAAAAACAGCAGAAAAAUGAGCUUCUCUUUCAGAAAUUUGGUAUCAAUUACAAGACGCUUCCUGAAUUGUUUCGCCAAGGAUCUUGUCUUUUCAAGAAAAAGGUGGAAGAAACUGUAAAGCAUGACGAAAAUGGCAAUCCUGUAAAAAGAUUGAGGAGAAAGGCUGUUUUUGUACAUUCAGAGAAUAUUGCAGGAAGAAGCUUUUGGAAUGAGCAGCCCUCUCUAUAUAAUGAUCUUGGCCACUUCACGAAAGACAUUGGAAAAAUUGAACCAGAUUUUAUUAGGUCGUUUCAGUUUGAGAACAAAUUGUUACCUUUAACUUGGGUCGUGGUUAGGAUUGAUGGCUGUCACUUUCACAGAUUUUCUGACGUUCAUGAAUUUGAGAAGCCAAAUGAUGAGCAAGCUCUGAAACUUAUGAAUUCAUGUGCAGUGGCUGUUCUCGAGGAGUUUGAGGAUAUUCACUUUGCCUAUGGUGUCAGUGAUGAGUAUAGCUUUGUUUUGAAGAAAGAAUCUGAGCUCUACAAAAGACAAUCCAGUAAGAUAAUAUCUGCAGUCGCAUCCUUCUUUACAUCCACAUAUGUGUUACAAUGGGGAGAAUUUUUCCCUCACAAAGAAUUGAAGUACCCUCCAUCAUUCGAUGGACGAGCUGUAUGCUAUCCAACAUACAAUAUUCUCUUGGAUUAUCUGGCGUGGAGACAAGUUGACUGCCACAUCAAUAAUCAGUACAAUACAUGUUUCUGGAUGCUUGUUAAGUCUGGAAAAAACAAAACUCAAUCCCAAGAUUACUUAAAGGGUACACAAACACGAGAGAAAAAUGAGCUGCUUAGCCGUCAAUUUGGAAUUGAGUACAACUCAUUACCUGUAAUCUUUCGAAUGGGUUCUUCGGUUUUCCGUCUAAAGGAAGCUGAGAAUGGAGUAGUUUCAGGGAAGAAACUGGAAGGAGAAGUGGUCGUGGAUCAUUGCAACAUCAUCGAACGCUGUUUCUGGGAAGAACACCUACACAUUCUUAGCUACUCAUAAACAGCUGCAUUUUAGUAUUUUACUUCACUUGUAAGACUAAUUUAUUGCAAAUUCUUAAUCUCCAAUUAGCACAGCUUUACUUCUUUUCAACAUGUGUUAUACCUUAGUUUUUCACAUGUAUGUCAACCAUUGUUAAGAUUUUAGAAAAGUUAUUGGUUUUGUAUGUUAAAUACAUUUGUGGAAGACGAGAGAAGGGAGAUAGAUAGAUAUGUAAAACAUUAAAUUCACACCAUACCUGUGCACCGACCAACUGCUAACUUCUCUUGCGUUACGUAAAAGUAACUUUA